AUGGAAAAACAUCGUCGCACUGGGAAUGACGACAUUGUAUUCUCCGAGCAAGAUGUAAAGGGGAUCAAGCAACCCCAUGAUGAUACCCUAGUCAUUAUGCUAACCAUUGAAGGGUUCAAUACUCGAAGAGUGUUGGUGGAUAAUGGAAGCUUGGCAGACAUAAUGUACGUGAUGGCUUUCUGGCAGAUGAAGUUGGAUCCAAAGCGCCUCAAGCCUUUUGGAUCUUCGUUAGUCAGCUUCAGCAGGGAUUGUGUUUAUCCAAAAGGCAUAAUUUCACUACAGAUUACAGCAGGGACCAACCCUACUCAAGUGACAAGGAUGGUAGACUUCUUAAUCGUCGAUUGCCCAUCAUCUUACAAUGUGAUUCUUGGGCAACCAACCCUUAAUUUCCUUAAGGCAAUAACUUCCACAUAUUGCCUGAAAGUGAAAUUUCUGACCCCCCAUGGAAUUGGAGAAAUCAUUGGGGGCCAACUUUUGGCUAGAGAAUGUUACCAAGCGGUCCUGACGUCUAGGAAAAAUCACACUUGGAGGAGGCGGAAGAUAUAG